CCAACCAGUCGUCUAAUAUCGCUUUUAUUUUAUGGCUUUCGCAGUAAAAAUGUAUAUAGAGUGCUGCACUCUCGGCUGCACAAACAGACAAGGAUGCAAACCAAACUUGUCAUUUUUAUUCAUAACUUUUAAUGAGGAAAGAUGGCGGCGGCGAUGGACAGGAGCAGUCAAUCGUGAUGACUGGCAGUCCUCGGAGUAACCGCGGUUUUGGAGCGAACGCGUUUUACAUGGCGUUUAUGGAGGAUGUCAAGUCUCGCGGGCCCUUCAUCUACUCGGUUUUGGAGUCAGCCCAGGCCUUUCUGGCUCAGCACCCCUUCCAGGAGCCCGAGGAGACCCUGACCGAUGGAAAAGAGGUGUCUCCCCGGCGACGGAUUUUGAACGUGAGCCGAUCUGUGUGGAAGCAGGCGAACGUGGCGAGUGACCUGUGGGAAAAACUGACCGCUCGCUGCGUGGACCGCCACAGGCACAUGGAGAGGACACUGGAGCGCCUUUUGCAGAUCCAGGCAGCCAUGGAGGAGCUGGCGGGGGCCCUGGAGCAGGCAGAGGGUGUGCGGGACGCCUGGGAGCCUGUUGGCGACCUCUUCAUCGACUCUCUGCAGGACCACAUUGACGCCACCAAGUUGUUCAAGGAGGAACUCUCGCAGGUGAAGGAGGGCAUGAAGCAGGUCAAUGAGUUGGCCCACCAGCUGGCAAUCUCUGAUGUCCAUUUGUCGAUGGAGAACGCCCGGGCCCUGGAGCAUCUCAACAGCAGAUGGAAAGUGCUUCAGGGCUCCAUUGAGGAGCGGCUGAAGCAGCUCCAGGAUGCACACAGAGACUUUGGCCCUGGAUCGCAGCACUUCCUCUCCAGUUCAGUCCAGGUACCAUGGGAGCGUGCCAUCUCCCCAAACAAAGUGCCCUACUACAUUAACCAUCAGGCCCAGACAACAUGCUGGGACCAUCCAAAGAUGACAGAGCUGUACCAGGCGCUGGCGGAUCUAAACAACAUCAAGUUCUCUGCAUACAGAACAGCUAUGAAGCUUCGACGGGUUCAGAAGUCUCUGAGAUUGGACUUGGUGGCGCUCAGCAGCCUGGUGGACGUGUUUCGGGAGCAGGAGCUGCAGCAGGGGGAGCAUGUGAUGGACGUAGUGGAGGUGAUUCACGGCCUGACGGCCAUGUACGAGAGGCUGGAGGAGCAGAGGUCCGUUCUGGUCAACAUCCCUCUCUGCGUUGAUAUGUGCCUCAACUGGCUGCUCAAUGUUUAUGACAGUGCACGAAACGGCAAAAUGCGAGUUCUCAGCUUUAAAAUGGGACUGGUGAGCUUGUGCAACGCAGACGUCCAGGAGAAGUACAAAUACUUGUUCCGUCAGGUGUCCGGUCCUGGAGGUUUGACAGACCAGCGUCACCUCAGCCUGCUGCUACAUGAAGCCAUCCAGAUCCCCCGCCAGCUGGGCGAAGUUGCAGCUUUCGGCGGCAGCAACACGGAGCCAAGCGUCCGGAGCUGCUUCCGCAUGGCCCCUGGGAAGCCUGCCAUUGAGGUGUCUCAUUUCCUGGAAUGGAUGAGCCUCGAGCCCCAGUCGAUGGUUUGGCUGCCCGUCCUGCACCGCGUAGCUGCUGCAGAGUCCACCAAGCAUCAGGCCAAAUGCUACGUCUGCAAGCAAUGCCCCAUUAAGGGUUUCAGGUAUCGCAGUUUGAAGCAGUUCAAUGUGGACAUCUGCCAGACAUGUUUUCUAACCGGCCGCACAAGCAAGGGCAAGAAGCUGCACUACCCCAUCAUGGAGUACUACACCCCAACAACCUCGGGAGAGAAGAUGAGGGACUUCGCUAAGACUCUGAAGAACAAGUUCAGGUCAAAGCAGUACUUUACAAAGCACCCGCAGAGAGGUUACCUGCCUGUGCAAUCUGUACUGGAAGCUGAAAGCUCAGAGACCCCUUGCUCCUCACCCAGGCUGCCCCAUGCAGACACACACAGCAGGAUUGAACACUACGCCAGCAGAUUGGCAGAAAUGGAAAACCAGAAUUGCUCAUUCUUCACGGAUAACCUGUCUCCAGACGAGAGCCUGGAUGAAGAUCAGUACCUCCUGCGUCACUCCAGCCCAGCACUGGACCACGAUUCGCCCUGCGGGCAGCACAUGCUGCUGGCUCACCUGGAGCAUCAGGACAAGGAGCAGCUCCAAUGCACCCUGGCCCGCCUGGAGAACGAGAACAGGGUUCUGCAGAGCGAGUACAGGCGACUCAAGUGGAAACACGAGGAGGCAGCGGCGCUUCCCAUGCUAACCGAGGCUGGUGAGGGCGACCCCGGGUCGCCCACAGCGGGAGGGGCGCAGGAUGAAGAGCUGCUGGCUGAGGCGCGGGUGCUGCGGCAGCACAAAACGCGCCUGGAGACCCGGAUGCAGAUCCUGGAGGACCACAACAAACAGCUGGAGUCGCAGCUGCACCGACUCAGGGAGCUACUGCUACAGCCCAAAGAUGAUUCGGAGGCGAACGGAUCUGAGCUGUCGACGCUCUCCUCCCCGGUGUCAGGAGGCGGGCGCCAAGGGGAGCCGCCCAGCAGGGAGACGACCGACACCGAGGCAGCAGGAGAUGAUUUGGAGCGUGAGGAGGACACCGUGCUGCAGCUUCAGGAGGUCAUCGAACAGCUGAGAAACGUCUUCCCCUCCGAGCCGGGCACCACAUCACACAUCUAACUCUGUGAGGGGAUCCAGGAGCAGAAUGACGGCCCGAAAUGAGGCAGGAGGUCAGGCGGCGACACGUCAGACCCCGCGACUGCCACCGACUUUAAGAACCGACUUUAAGAACUAACCCUCGUCCGGAUCGCUGUGCACUAAAAGCCUUUCUCAUGCAAACUGCCAGAGGCUCACGCUGACGGCCUUUUUGGCCAGGCUGCGCCUCAAUAGCUCAGUGACAGCAUGCUAAGGAGCCGAAUAUAUCAUUAGCAGAAGGUCAGGGGGUAAAAAACGAAACGCCCAACCAAGACACUGUGCUUACCAGUAUUUGUGUAGUCGUUCAGAGACGUGAAGCUUUAUAUCAGAUCAGAGCACAAAGUCCAGAAGAAGAACUGGAGAAAUACAAGGGGAAGGGGAUCACUAGCGUACGACUCUGUUUUAGGGCCAUUAUAGACAGAAAGAAAUGAGUCAAUUUCACAGAAAACACUUUUGAGGUUAAUCUCAGAAAUUUUCAACUUCUCGAACUCAGACAUUUCUGAGAUUUAAUUAUCGAAUCCGAGAUUUCUGAAACUCAGAAAUUUCUAAUUUUUUCUAGAAAAUUUCAGUUUUUUUCUUGGAAAUCUUUGACUUUUCAAACGCAGAGAUUUCUGAGGUCUUUCUUUUUUAGUUUUUCUCUCGCAAAUUUGUGUUUGACUUUUUAAACUCAGAAAUGUCUUGAAUGUUUUUCUAGAAAAUUUCUGAGAUUACUCUCAGAUUUUCUGAGGUUUCUCUCAGAACUGUGCUCCUCCUUUUUCUCUCCAUCAUGGCUCUAACACGCCGUCAUACUUGCGUGUUUUUUUUAACGUUUGAAUGUGUUAUCAUGGUUCAUUUUUCAGAUUUUGGUAAUUGCAUCAGGGCUCUGCUGACUGAUUUCAUAUCACUAGGAGAUGCAAAUUGGAGCUGGCAGCCCCCAGAAGAGCGUUUCUUUUGUGGGAAUGGUGCAUCAUCAUCAUCAUCAGUUAAAUCCAUGAUUUAUUAAAGAUUGCCCAAAGUGCCCGCCAGCACAGCGCCUCUGUUUGCACACGCUCCUCACUCUGCUUGUUGCUCUCCUGCCUGAGCCCUUCACACAUUUGCUGCUAUACAUUCACAUUCAGAUUCAACCUGCACUCUGCUUAAAUACACAAGGAGCCUCUGCAUGAUCAAUAGCGUGCUGUGCAGAAACGCGCGCACUUUCAUAAACCUGGACAUUGAUUUAUUUGCCCCCCAAAUCAUUCAGGCAAAUGAGGUGUUUUGAGCCCAUUUCGUAUUGUUCCUGGAACGCUGCGCUGUUGAGGAAAUGUAUGCCGAUCGGUAUCAGCGUACAUGCCUCCUCCCCGGGAUCUUAUUGUUUUCAUGCUGUGUGAAGAGAAACUGACAGAAGGAGCUGAAGGCUGAAGCCCUCCCUCUCUCUACUUGGCCAAUUUCGAACACAACAGGGGUCCAGACGAGGCUCACCGCCAUGAUGCAUCAUUAUCCACGAUAAUCCUCUCAUUCUAUGUAGUUUUAAAAUACUGAUAACUCUGGAGUGUGCAUUUACAGAAAGUAUUUCCAUAUAGAAAAGGUUGUGUGAUCAGGAGAGAUGACUUUUAUUAUUUAUAAGCUUCAUAAGAGUUUUCAUACCCCUUCAAUUUAUCCAUAUUGGCAACAGUGCGAGAAACAAAAUGUGGCUUAUUGGGAAUUUGUGUGACGGACCAACAGAAAAUAGUCCACAAUUAUGAAAAAGUAAGGAAAUAAGUUGGACUUUUUUUUUUAUUAUAAAUGAAAAUUGUCACAUGCAUAGGUUAAAAUGACCCCUUUUAAAUCCAUAAUACGUAUUUUUCAUUACGUUUGAGGAGUUUGCAGACUUCUUUACGUUGUGUGACUUGAGGCAUUUGAGGCUACCGCUAACUAGAUGCUAAUAUCUCUUGUUAUCUAGCUUUUUGUAACGAAAGUGUAAAUUUAUCACAAGUUUACUGGAUGAUGUUCAUCUUCGCCACAGACUCUCAUAUGUUCAAUCAACCCAAAAGAAAAUUUUAAAACUUUAUUUUAGUACAGCAAACAUGCAAAAUCUGUAUCAGGGCCAUUACAGGGGAAAAAAGAAAAGUGGUACAUUUCUACAAAAAUCUCUGAAAUUUUCUAGAAAAAAAUAAAUAAAAUUUGCUAGGGAAAAUUUUUCUCCAAAAAACAUGAAAAUUUCUGAUUAAUCACAAAAUGUCUCAUUUCUUGGUCCAAAUUUACUCUACAAAAGCCCAGAUGUACCGCUGUAAAAAUCUUUAUUUUACGUUGGGUUUUUUUGAGUCAACAAUUUUGGCCCACAUGGAAAAAGGUUUGGACUCCACUCCUGUAGGCAGAACAUAUUAGAAAGUCCAACACUUAAACUCAAGUAAGAAUCUGUAGGAAAAAUGUAAAAUUACAGUUUUAAGAUGAUCUCAAUCUUUUCUGGUUAGUAGACGGCAAAGCCGAGAAAUAGAGACGCUACUUUGUGUUUGACUUUCACAUCAAAUCCCAUAAAAAUCCACAGAAUCUUAGUUUGUAAGUGACAAAAUGUUGAGAGGCGCUGCAAGUUAGGGCAUGCAUUUUCCUGUGAACACUAUUAAUGCCUUAAAAACCUGAAGUGAGCCGGUGUGACAGAAGUUGGUUUUCCUGAACUUAUUUUCAUUUUCAGGUCAGGAGGUUGCAUCAGGUGUUUGUGUGUCAGUGUCUGCAAAGGCCUGCUGCUCUGCUGAUUGAAAGUGAUGGGACAAGAGGGGAUCACAGCGUAGUCGAGCGCGCAGUCAGACCUGUGACUGCAGACCCCGAAAGACAUGAAAGGAGGGUAGAAAACACUAGAACAAAAAAAUUGCAUUUGUCGCUGGAGGGCUGGUGGGAGAGAUCCACUUUGAAGCGUCUGCCGCCGGUCGACGCGUCUCUGGGAGAACGAAGCGAAAUGAAACCAGCACCACGUUCUUCCAGGAGACAUUGGGGUUGAAGCAGAAGGAGCGCCGACCUCACAAACACCAACCCGAAACCCGUCUGCUGCUCUCAUUACGCUGUCGGACCCCGACACCGUCCUCCUCGGCGUUGGACGCCUGUUAGUUUUGAUGCUGUUGCUAGGGAACUAUCCCCAAGGACGCAGCUCGAUGAUGUGCAGUUCGUAUUACAAAUGCUAAUAGCCUUAAGGGAAGCAAGAGAAAGCUCCUUGUUUCCCAAACACAAGCCACUGUUUCUCCACCUCCACUAGAGCCGGGUGCUGAGGGAAGUCAUGAUUAUUACCCAAAUCUUUUCUGGUUUCUGUGCUUCAGAGGAGAAGGAUGAGCAGAAUCCAUGUUUACUCAUCGUGAUUCAUCUCUGGGUAUUUAUGCAUCUCAUUAAACAAUGAUUACCCAUCACACACGUCAGGAUGCACAAAAAUAUGUAGCAGCGGCAAACUGUGAAAAACACGCAGAGGCAUUCAGAACAUGUCAGCUGUUAUUUAUCUUAAUAUCACAGCGACAUGGCGGUUUCAAGAAGACAAGAAAUGGAUAUUUAAUGAAGUUACGCUGCUGGUUAGAUUGUUUAGAGCGACUCAGACAUGGGGAAUCCAGUUACUACGACAGCAAUCAGCAUAAACGGCGCCAUGUGGCAGAAAUCAAUCGGCGAAUUACAAAACGUUUGAUGCUGCAUUAGCUUGGAAGUUGAAAUGUGGGUGUGGAAAUGACGCUUCACAUCAAUUUAAAACUUAAAAUUCCAAAAUUAAGGCCUUAAAAUGUCCUGAAAUGUCUCAAAUUCAUUUAAAAUAAAUUAAUUUGGCCUUAAAUAAGUUAAUCACAGGUCAAUUUAUUUACGUUUGUAUUUUUCUCUGAGUCGCUUUCGAAUUUUUUCUUUAUGUUCUGUGAUUCUGGGUCAAACUUGUGGCCCGGGGGCCAAGUCCGGCCCGCCGUAGCUAUUUAUGUGGCCCUUUAGACUCCAGAGGGACGCAUAAAUAAAAUCUUCAACUUAACAGUUGUGUGCUUAAAUUUUAUUUUAUCAAUCAAACCAAAUCACUUUUUAAAUAUGAACAAUGUCAGAUUUUAUUAGUCGCUCUAGUUUGAGAUCCACCAUCAUGGAAAAUCAUCAGAUUCCUGCACACUUUUUUGCAAUAAUGCUUAAUUGUGAGUUUACUGAAAAAUUUCCAACAAAAUAGUCAAAAACGUUUGUGUGAUGCUAACUCCCACCUGCAGGAGGCAGUAUUUCUAACAUUAUAUUACUAUUUAUUUCAUUAAGACCCAAAAACACAAAAAUACUUGAGUCUCAGUUUGAAUUGUGCAGAGAUGGAAGAUCUAGAAAUAACAGAACAAAUCAUGAAUUGGUUGAUUUCAUUGUUUUGUUUUUUAAGUUGAAAGUUUAACUUUGGGCAUUUUGGGUUAUUUUUCUAAACUUAUAGCAUCAAGGUUUCAACUUUAAAGUGCAAAAGGAACACAUCAAACUUUUCUAACUUCCUACAGCACCUAGCUUUACUUACUAUAUUUACGCUAGUUAGCAUAAAUAAACAGGAACGGUUUCAGCUUUAGUAUUUCUUAUUUCUAUCAUCCUUUUGGUUCCAGUUUCUAGUGCAAACCUUUUAUUAGACUUGAAAUAACACAAAACUAACUUUCCACCUAUAAGAGCUUUUUUAAGUAAAUAAUUUCUUAAUGUUGAUGAAGAACUUCUAGUUCUAGAUUAUUUUCUCAUGUCGAAGGUGAAAUAAUCUGCCAAUAGUCCUGAUACAUUAAGUAAUUAUUGGCUUAGAAAAGUUACUUGUAAGUUAGUUUGUCUUAUUUCAAGAUAUUUGCAUUUGAAACUAGACUAAAUAGACUGGUAACAUUUUGUUUUUGCGAUGCAGUUGCAUUAUGCCACAGACACAUAAUGUUUCUUUCCCCAGUUGAGAAAAAAACACAAUGUUCUGCUGCAUUUUUACUCAGAAUUAUAAUCUUUUUCUAUCUUAUGUGACCCGUAUCCCUUCUACAAACAUGCCAACUAUCGCUCCAUGUUGCAUGACGGAAACAAACACAAGCUCACAUGCAUCAUCAUCAUCAUCACUCUGCAGCCUGACUCCUCUCUGGUCUGAACAUGUUUGUUCAGAUUUCAUGUAUGUCGCCUAACAUGCAACAGGAUACAUGCACACAUCACCAAACCUCAAGCAAGUUUCUACUCAUAUAAAAUCCCUGAUUCAUGCAGGUGAAAUGAGGCGUCCACUAAUAUACCUCAUUAAUCACCUUGAAGUUCGUUGUUUAACGGUUUUGAGUUCCUGUUGUCGUCCAACACUUUGUCCUGGGAGUUUUUAAUCUGUGUGAGAGGUUUUCUGAGGAGAGGCUUUUUACUGUAAUAACAAGUGGGUUACUGGCUGCUUUCUACUCUUUGUGUACAGAAAUAAAACUUUGUAUUUGGCAAA